AUGGGUUACUCAGGAAUAGAUAUUAAAGAAAUAAAUGUUAAAAGAAAGAAUAGUGUCUAUUUCGACAAUGUCGAUGUAUGUAACAUUUUAAAAGAAAAUAAUACUUAUAAGCAAAAAAAACAUAUUUCAAUUAAUAUAAAUAGAAAAUGUGCAAGUUAUAAUAAUAUUUAUUACAUCAAUAAUGAUCAUCCAGGAUUAGGAAAAAAUAUAAGCUAUUAUCAAAAUAAAGACAAUAUGCAAUUAAAACACUUUUUCAAUUCAAAUAAAAUAAAUAUUCAUGACAACAAGAUAAAAACUACACAAUCAUAUUCUUAUUAUGAGCCCUUGAGGUAUCCUGCAUUUAAAAUGUCCGACAAAAUUAAAUCCGAAACGAAUGAAUUAAAGAAAAUGGACACAAAAAAAGAUGUCCAUAUGAAAGAUAUUCAUCCUAAAAAUCAUAAAAUUAGUAAAAAUGAUGACCUUGGUAAUAAUAAUAUUGAUAAUAAUAAUAAUAAUGAUGAUAAUAAUAAUAGCAAUAAUAAUAAUAAUAAUAAUAUUAAAUGCGUGUCGAAUCGUUCAACCAGUAACAAACACAUCAAUAGAAGAAAUAUGUGUAUUUUUCAUAACAAAAUAAAUAAAAAAGAAAAAAAUAUAAACGAACAAGGAGAAAAAAAUGAACACUCUAAAAUUGACCAUAAACAUUUUGGUAAUCAUAUUCUAAAGGAUGUUAAAAAUAAAAAAAAAAGUAACAAUAUAAUCCCCCUAUUAUAUGAAGAAAAUAAAAAUAAUAUAAAUAUUAAUAGUAAAAAUGGUAACUCCAAUAAUUUGGAACAUGAACAUGUUCAGGAAAAACCUGCACGUUUUCAUAAAAAAAAAAGAAAAAAAAAACAAAAUAAGCUAGCUGGAAAUAAAAUAAAAAAUAAUGGAAAAAAUGAAGAAGUAAAACAAUCCAGUGUGAUAGAAAUGGAGAAAGUAAAUUAUUUAGAUGAUAAAGUAAAUGGAAAUGUGGAAGAAAAAAAAAAGAAAAAAAAGAAAAACAAAAAUAAGGAUAAGGAUAAGAAAAGGGAUGAGGAAAAGGAAGAGGACAAAAACAAAGACAAGGAUAAGGAUAAGGAUAAGAAUAAUAAUAAUAAUAAUAAUAAUAAUAAUAAUAAUAAUAAAAAUAAUAAUAAGAAUAAGAAUAAGAAAAAGAAGAAUAAGAUUAACAAUAAUAAUAUUAAUAAAAAUAAGGAUAAGGAUAUGAGUAAAAAUAAGAGAAAAAAUAAGAAUAAAAAUGAGGUAGUAGAAGAUAAUAAAAAUAAACAAUAUCUUGAAAAAAAAGAAAAUAAUAUAAAUGAGAUACCUAAAGAGGUAAUGUAUAUUCCCAUAGAAGAACGAUGUAAAAGUAUUGUAUCGUCAAGUGAUGAAGAGAAUUUAUAUUAUGAAAAACCAUAUGAAGAAGUUGAGAAUUAUUUUGAAUUUAUUGAAAAUAAGAAUUUAAUAAAUCCAAGUGAUAUAACAAAUGAAGUAAAAUUUAUAUUACAUAUGACACUAUUAACGUUAUAUAAGGAUCAAAUUAAGCCAUCUUAUGGGAAAAUAAAGAAAAGAUUAACAUGUUUUAAUGAAAAUUUGGAGAUAAAAUAUAACUUUUUAAAUAUAUAUGCAUCUUUACGUAAUGAAUAUAUAGUAGUUCGAACAAAAAGAAAUAAUAUUUUCGUUUUAUUAAGAGAAACUCCUAAAUGGUUUUUAGGAUGGGUUAAGACAAGAUGUUUUAAAAAUUCAUAUCCCAAAAAAGUAUGGAAGAAAUUAAUAGAAUAUUUUUUAAAUAUGACUAAAUCGAAUAUGAAUAAUAAUUUAUAUGUAUCUAUGUAUAUUCCAUUUAUUAAAAAGUUUUAUGAUAAAAGAUUUAUAUUUUAUUUAAAUGAAAAAGAUAAUGAAAAAAAUAAAUGUUAUGAAAAAAUAUAUAAUUUUUCUUUUUUAUCGUUUGAUAUGAACGAACAAAAAAAAAAAAGGAACAAUUUCAACGUAUUAUUCUAUAUAUAUAAUAUGUACCAUAAUAAUUUUUCGUAUUUCUCUCAGUGUAAUGAUUAUUAUAUAAAAAAUGUAGAAAAAAACUUUUUAUUAUAUUAUACUUAUAUAUUUUUUAAUUAUGAUAAAAAUGAUUUAAAUAAUAAUAAUUCAAAUAUUGAUUUGUCAAAGAAGAAUUAUUUAUGUGAAGAUAAAAAUAAAGAUACUACUACUACAAGUAAUAAUAAUAAUAAUAAUAAUAAUAAUAAUAAUAAUGAUAAUAAUAAUAAUAAUGAUAAUAAUAAUAAUAGUAGUAGUUGUAGUAAUAAUAAUAAUAGUAGUAGUAGUAGUAGUAGUUAUAAUAAUAAUUGUAAUAAUUAUACAAGUCUUUAUGUAGAGCAUUUAUUUAAUGAUAAGAAAGAAAAUAUUUUACAAACCGAUGAAAUAAUAAAAUAUGAUAUUACAAAAAAUUUAAUAAAUGAAGAAAACAAUAUAGAUACUACCAAUAUGUUUGAUAUAUUUAAUAAUGAUAUAUAUGAAGUUGCUGACAUUUUAAAAAAAAAAAAUUUCCCCAUUUUGAAAGAUUAUUCAUUAGGUAAAAUAGCUCAUAUAAUUUAUUUAUGUUUAUAUAACGGUUUGUUAUUAGAAGAAAAUCAAAAAAUUAUUCCAGCAUGUUCUUCAAAGAAUAUUAUAUCUUCCAUUUUUUAUAUAAAGAACAAGAACAGUUAUUUAUAUGAUAAUUAUUCUCAUUUAAAUCAAAAUUUUUAUUGUGAUGAUAAUAACAUUUCUACGUAUGGAUAUGAUUAUAAUGAAAGUACAUCUAUUAAUUUAAUGACGAAAGAGUAUGAUGAUAAGAUGGAUUCAUUUUUAAACGUUUACGAAAACUUUUUAAAAAAUGAAGAAGGCUUAUUUUUUUCAAAAAAAAAAAAUAAUAAAUGUGAUGUAAAUGUAAGUCUUAAUAAAUGUACAGAGGAAUUCCACAUUCCUGCUAUUACGAAUUUAGAAGAAGCGAAAUUUAAAAUAGAACGUUUAUUAAAAAGUAGUUAUAAAAAAUGUAUAUAUUUACUUUUUUUUCGAGAAAAAUUCUUAAAAAAAUAUAAACAGAAUAUUAAUCCUUUAAUUUUUGGAUACAAUAGUUUAAUUGAAUUCCUAUUUUAUGGUUGUAGAGAAGUUUGCAAAAUAUAUAUUUUAAAUAAUAAUUUAUUAAUAGUUCAUUUAAGUUAUGAUAUAGCAAAACAUAUAAAUAAUAAUAAUGAAAAAGAAAAAGACAAAGAAAAAGAGAAAGAAAAAGAAAAAGAAAAUGUAAUAGAAGAAUUUUAUUAUUCAGAUUACUGUUAUAAUAAAACAGAAAAUAAUAAUAACAAGUUUAAUAAUUCCUCAUUAGAAGUAUGUACUAUUAUGAAAGAUAAUGCAAAAAAAAAAAAUUCUUUUUUUAUUACUUAUUCAUAUUGGAAAUAUAUGAGCAAAAAGGAAAAACAAAAUGAUAUAUUAGAUAAUGUAUCUUUUUUAAAAGGAGAACAAAAUUAUAUUUUUUCAGAUGAUAUAUGGAAAAUAAACAAAUGUUCUUUUGAUAAAACCAAUCCUAUUCAACAGAGUGGAAAGGACAUUCCCUUAUAUUACAAAAAUAUGAAAAAAAUAAAUACGGGCAUAUUUAAUAUGCCCAAUUUGGUACAAAUAAAUAAUUAUGAUUUUGAAUUUUUCAGUACCUGCUAA